GAUGCUAGCUCCCGGAGGAGAAUCUCUGCGAUCUACUCUGCUCCUCACAGACGGAGGCAGAGCCAUUACGCAGUUUGCAGUUGCAGCUGAAGCUUCCAUUUUUGUGUGAUACCAGCUUCGUGCCUCGCAGGGGUAGCAUUUGUCCUCCCCGAUGCUGUAAAUCUGAAUUCUGUACGACAACCCUUAAUCCUUUCAGUCAGAAGUGGCAGCUUUCAUAUGAUGCGCUGAGAUGGUACACCAAGAGAACUGUGCUUAUCAGGGCUGUGUUUGGAAUGUAACAAAAGAGCACAGCAACAAAUCCAAUUUUGUAGCCCAAAAAAAUGAGAGAGAAUCAAUCCGACAGAAGUUGGCCCUGGGCAGUUUCUUUGAUGAUGGCCCAGGAAUUUAUACCAGUUGCAGCAAGAGUGGCAAACCCAGCUUGUCUUCACGACUUCAAAGUGGAAUGAAUCUGCAGAUCUGUUUUGUUAAUGACAGUGGAAGUGACAAGGACAGUGAUGCAGAUGAUAGCAAGACUGAAACAAGCCUUGACACCCCUUUGUCGCCAAUGAGCAAACAGAGCUCAUCGUACUCUGACAGAGACACUACUGAAGAAGAGUCUGAGUCACUUGACGAUAUGGAUUUUCUUACAAGACAGAAGAAAUUGCAAGCUGAAGCUAAAAUGGCUCUUGCUAUGGCAAAACCAAUGGCAAAAAUGCAAGUUGAGGUCGAAAAACAGAACAGAAAGAAGUCCCCUGUGGCUGAUUUGGUGAGUAUCCUUAAACAUAGAAUGCAAAUGCAAGAAUCCAAACAAAAAUUUGGCCUCAACAAUACAUGA